CCUCCUUCAGCAGUCAACAUCAGCUGCGUCGCGGUCCCGUAUCAUUCCCAUUACAGCGGGCGGCUCCUCUGUCAGUCAGUCGAGCUUCGUUUCUUAACAGUAAUACCGUGAAAUAUCUCCACAUCGCGAUAAAACUUCCACACGAGAUCAUCUGCCGGGACACCCGAACGCCUCGAGGAAAAACAAGGUAUGGCGACCCUAAGGAAAAAGCUUGUGAUCGUGGGAGAUGGAGCCUGUGGGAAGACCUGUCUGCUCAUAGUGUUCAGCAAAGACCAGUUUCCAGAAGUCUACGUGCCCACUGUGUUCGAGAACUACAUCGCAGACAUCGAAGUAGAUUGCAAACAGGUGGAGCUGGCGUUGUGGGACACGGCGGGGCAAGAAGACUACGACCGCCUGAGACCUCUAUCCUACCCAGACACAGACGUCAUUCUCAUGUGCUUCUCCAUAGACAGUCCUGACAGUUUAGAGAAUAUCCCUGAAAAGUGGACGCCCGAAGUGAAGCACUUCUGCCCGAACGUUCCCAUAAUCCUCGUAGGAAAUAAAAAGGAUCUUCGGAACGACGAGCACACGCGGAGAGAGCUGAGCAAGAUGAAGCAGGAGCCUGUUAAACCGGAAGAGGGCAGAGACAUGGCGAACCGCAUCAGCGCCUUCGGCUGCCUGGAGUGCUCGGCCAAGACCAAGGAUGGAGUGAGGGAGGUAUUUGAAAUGGCCACCAGGGCAGCGCUGCAAGUCCGAAAGAAGAAGAAGAGAAGCGGAUGUCUGAUAUUGUGAGAAUUGUCCGGCCGUGUUGAUGCCGAAUCAGAACAUUCUGUUACGACUCCCAGCUAACCAGAAUACACCAAACUCCAAAAUAUAUUUGACCAAACAGCAUAAAUACACUGUACAGUAUGUCACAUUUCAUGCAAAACUAACAGGUGGGAAAUAUUCAAAAAUAAAAUCUGCAUUAAAAGAGGGCUGGGCAGAAAGACAGAUUAGAUGUCAUGUUACACGCCUUGAUCUUUCUUUAAAGGCACAAAAUAGUUUCUACUCCAGCUUGUCCUGUAAGAUUGAGAUCGAUAGUAAUUGUAUUUUUGCACAAAUUUUCCUUUUGACCUUUAUUCUAAAUUAAUAAAACGUAGCACAGAAUUUGAAGUCAGUGCGUUUGUGAAAGUUCCCUGCAGAAUUUGAAAGGACUCACUUUUUCUAGACAUAAAUAACUAUAAGCCAAUUAAAUAUAUUACAAAAUGCAAAAGGUGGAGUUAUAUUGGUUAUAUUAUACCCUCUCGUACAUUAAGAAUUUCACAUUUUGAAACAAAGUUUAUUAUUCUGUUUGACAUAAGAUACUAAACAGGUUAAACCAGCCCCAGAAUAUCCUCAGAGACGGGGUCGAGUUAAGUAUUAACACGUAACGCAAACACUAAAUGUUUAGCUGUGAUCGCCUCUGAAGGUUUCCACUACUGAGAAAUGUUAAAUAAGUACACAAUGUGGUUAUAUAUUCGUUUAGGGAGGUUUGUUUGGGUAGUAUAAACGGGUUUCGAGUGCCUUCCGAGCUCACACGGAAAGCGUGUGCCUUUGGUUAUCAGUCUAGUAAUGUGUACGGGUCGAGAAGCAAGUAUGGGAUGCUCUUGAUCAGAUGGAUGUUUAUAUGCACAUGAUCAGUGUUUUAACAUUGCAUGAUAGUUGCUAGUUGCAGAUGUCAGUGGCUAGAUAAAAACAUUACUGUAUAGAUUCCAUUAUUUCACUACUGUACCCACUGGUACCAUAGAAUGUUUGACUUCAGUUACACGUAACUCGAUGUCUCCUGUCUGUGUCCGAGCAUUGAAAUCGAAAGCAUGGUGUAGCUUUUU